AUGGACACAUCGACGAAGUCAGGCCAUUGGCCUAGAAUACUAGUCCUGUUGGGAUUAUUUGUGGUGACCGGAAACGCUCAACAAGACGGACACUGCAGCUAUCCUGGCUCACCAGCCCAUUGUGAAGUGACGUUCUCGGAUUCCGAGCUCCCAGUAGGAUCAACUGCUUCGUAUCACUGCGAUCCUGGGUACGAGCUCCUGGGUCCAGGAACGCGACGCUGCGUCGACAAUGGCACCUGGGUGCCAAGCGGAAUACCGUUUUGUGUGCUCAACGUGGCAGCCGGAAAAGCGCCGCUACAAUCCUCAACAAUGGGAGGUGGAAUCCCGCAGAAAGCCGUCGAUGGAUCCACUUCGCCAUUCUUCAACCCAGACACCUGCUCACUGACGGAAUCCGAGGCUACCCCUUGGUGGUACGUCAACUUGCUCGAACCCUAUGUCGUGCAGCUGGUCCGCGUCGACUUUGGGCAGAGCUGUUGUGGAAACCAAGGCCCCGCCACCAUCGUUGUCCGUGUCGGGAACAACCGUCCAGAUUUGGGCGUUAAUCCUAUCUGCAACAAGUACACCGGUUUCAUCGAGGAAGGCAGACCGCUGUUCUUACCGUGCACCACCGCAAUGUCCGGCGCGUUUGUCAGCGUCCAUUUCCUCUCGAAUCCCGAGCAUCCUCUCUCGCUCUGCGAGUUCUUCGUCUACACCGACCAGGCGCUUCCGGUCGAACGGUGUCCCUCGUUCCGAGAUCAGCCGCUCGGCUCGGUAGCGACUUACAAUGGAAAAUGUUACAUUUUCUAUAAUAACCAACAACUGGACUUCGCCGAGGCAAACGCUACCUGCGGAGAGCGAGGGGGAUCGCUCGUCGAUGAAACCUCGCCCGCUCUCCAAGGUUUCCUGUCUUGGGAGCUCUACAGAAGGCAUCGUACCGACCCGCGAGCUCAAUACUGGAUGGGAGCAACGCGGGAUCCUGAUGAGUUCAAUUGGACUUGGCUAAACGGCGGUAACAUGACCGUCUCCUUCUGGAAUGGCCCUGUGGGCGACGAAAACUGCGCAAAGUUCGAUGGUUCCCGCGGAUGGUUGUGGAGUGACAGCGACUGCAGGAACAAGAUCAACUUCAUCUGUCAGCACAGGCCAAAGACCUGCGGCAAACCUGAGCGACCACCGAAUUCUACGGUCUUAGCAUCGAGUUAUGAAGUGGGAUCAGUCAUCGAAUACAAGUGCGACCCAGGGAAUCUCCUAAUCGGACCCAACAUCAGAACUUGUCUCCCGAGCGGAUUCUUCUCGGAAUAUUCCCCCCGCUGCAAGUACAUCGAAUGCGGACGGCCCGCGCCAACCGCUAACGGCCAGCUGGAACUGGCCAAGGGAACUACACAUUACCUGAGCACGGUGCAAUACAGCUGCAACCUGGGCUUCGUUCUUGUUGGUCGGGCGCAGCUGGUCUGUGACGUCGACGGCAGGUGGAACGGACCUCCCCCUAGAUGCGAACCGAUCGUGUGUCAAGAACCACCGCACUUGGAGAACGGACGCUUCCAUUUAUCAUCCUUGUCGCAAAUAUUCGGAACGACCGCGGACUACGUCUGCGAUAAAGGUUACGAUCUGGAAGAGGGAACAGCCUCGAGACUGAAGUGCGGGGCCGACGGCUAUUGGGAAGGUGGAGUCCAUCCUCGCUGUAUCCGACGAGUUGUCACGAUCCCACCCACGGUCGCACCUGAAACCGAAGCGCCGACUGAAGCUCCGACAGCGGCCCCGUCGACCACCGUGAGGAUUCAUCCAGAUUUCGAGCCGUCCAACGGCAUUUUCCACUCGACCGCGACGUUCAACAGAUUCCCGCCUCACUUCCCGACCGAGUACUCAACGACGUCGACCACAACUUCGACCACGCCGCCAACCACCGUGUACCAGAAGCCGAUCCAGACGGCUCGACCACGACCGAGACCUCCUUCGAUCCUUCCGCGCCAUCGCAAACCUACUCUGGCGCGACUUCCUACCACGAGCGAUCCCAAUCUGGAAAAUGAGAUCCUCCACGCCGAGGAUUCCCGAACUAUCCACGUCAGCCAGGCUCCUUCGGCAUCCGCUCGCUUGAAUAUGGGAGGCUUCAUCGCUCUGGGCGUGUUCGGAGGCUUCGUGGUUCUCUCGGCCAUCAUCACGAUCAUCGUCCUGAUUGUUCGAAGAAGUCCAAAAGGUUCUCGCAAGACAACUGUAGCGCGGAACUUGGACCAUAUCUACGGGGGCCAUCCAGACCUAUUCACGGCACACCCUCCCUUCCCACCGUCGCACCGCAUUUCGCCGGUUUACUGUCCGGACGAGACCGAUACCGUCAGUACAGGGGCUGAUGACUCCGCGGUGCUCCACAAGAACUACAAAAGGGCGUGGGACAAUCUGAAAGUCGACCUGCAGGACGAGAACCCCCGACGGGAUGAGGAGCAGCAUGGCUUCAGGAGACCCAAAGGGGCUUGGACGUACGCUCCGGUCACCAGGCACGAUUGA